AUGUUUAUUCAAAUGCUGCCUUUUCAUCAUAUACUUUCACAACCUGUUGUAGAUACCAAUAAUACUGAGAAUACUAAAAACACUCGAACAAAUAUGCAAACUUCUUUGAAUAAACCACGAAGAUUGUAUAAAUUUGGUCUACGUUUUCAAGAAACAGCUUCAGCUAUUCGUCAUGCUUUAAAACCUCCUUGUGUUUGUUCUUAUUGUGACGCCAAGCUUUUCUCAGGUGAAACUGGAGGAAUAUGUUGCAUUAGCGGAAAAAUUAAAUUAGCUUCAACUGAACAUGCUGCAUCUUUAAGGGAUUUAUUUAUGAGACUUGACGAAAUGGGAAAUGAAUUCCGCGUUAAUAUUCGUGCUUAUAAUAGUGUUUUUGCUUUCACUCUUGACAAUGUAAUUAAUGAUGAUAAAAAUGAGAAAACGAUGUUAACAGAAUACUUUAAAAUGAAUGAAAUUGAUCCUGAUGCUAAGAAUUAUCUUUAUCGUGAGUUUCCACACUACUAUGUUUGGAAUAAGGCAAAUAAAAAAUGGACAAAACGUAGUCAGAGAAAUAUAAUUGGAAGGAUGUAUGUUGUAAAUCCAAAUGAAGGAGAGAAAUACUAUUUGCGCUUGCUUCUCAGUUAUGUUAGAGGUGCUACUUCUUUUGCUGAUUUAAGAAGAGUUGGAGACUAUUUAUGUGCAACUUUUCAAGAAAGUGCAUUGAGACAUAGAAUUAUAGAACCAGAAAAUCCAUACAAUGAUACUAUGCGAGAAGCUGCUCAAUUUCAAAUGCCCUAUUCUUUACGUCGAUUAUUUGCUAUUAUAUUGGUGUUUGGAGAGCCAGGAGAUGUUCGGACCUUGUGGAAUGACAAUUUUGUUAACAUGUCUGAGGAUUUUGUACGAAAUGGUAUCCCCAGUGGUCAAUGUCAAAUCAAUGCGGUUCUUCUUUAUAUUAAAAGUAUUCUAGAACAGCAUCACAGAAAAUUGGAUGAAUUUGAUCUCCCGUCACUUAAUAAUCUAUCUAAUGAACAGUAUGAGGAAGAGUUACCAAGGUUAAUAUUAGAACAACUAAGCUUCAGUUAUGGAACAUGUUGA